UCCCAUAUCAGACGUGGUGAUGUGUGAUACAUACUGCCAUAGACGUGGGGAGGCUUCGGAGCCCCGGGCUGAGCUGGUGGCUGUGGAUGACCACUCUAUCCUCAUGCCUGAAACUCUUUUCCGGGCACAGAGCGCCGGCCCGGACACAGCAGCCGUCGCGAUGUUGAUGCCCGAAAAGAACCGGAUUGCCAUUUACGAACUCCUUUUUAAGGAGGGGGUGAUGGUGGCCGAGAAGGAUGUCCACAUGCCCAAGCACCCGGAGCUGGCAGACAAUAAUGUGCCCAAUCUUCAUGUCAUGAAAGCCGUGCAGUCUCUCAAGUCACGAGGCUACGUGAAGGAACAGUUUGCCUGGAGACACUUCUACUGGUACCUCACCAACGAGGGCAUCCAGUAUCUCCGCGAUUACCUCCACCUGCCCCCUGAGAUUGUGCCCGCCACCCUGCGCCACAGCCGUCCUGAGACUGGCCGGCCACGGCCCAAAGGUCUGGAGGGAGAGCGACCUGCAAGACUCAAGCGAGGGGAAGCCGACAGAGACACCUACAGACGAAGUGCCGUGCCCCCUGGUGCCGACAAGAAAGCCGAGGCUGGGGCUGGGUCAGCAACUGAGUUCCAGUUUAGAGGCGGAUUUGGUCGUGGACGUGGUCAGCCACCUCAGUAAAGUUGUAAGAGGUUGUUUUGUGUUGAAUAAACCUGUAAAGAGAAGAAACUA